GGGGGGGGGCUGCCCUGUCUUGCAAUGCAUAUUCAUGCGCAAACGCCAUGUAAGGAAGCCAGUGGGAGGCCCUUCGUCGAGCGAUGCCAGGGUCGUCCGCCACACCCUCCUCUCGCCCUCCCGGCCGGCACUUCCAGUGUGGAAAGAAUGGCAUGAGGCUUGAAGUUCGUGAGAGACGCGUUGUCGCUGCAGAGCAUCCGAAUACCGCAUCUGGCGGGCGCGCGAGCCGACCUGAAAUCCGCGGCAGGCUACUCGUGGUGUCGCCGUCUGGUGAAGGGUGAAAACCAACGAGUAGGAAUACGUGGUGCAUCUCGGUGAUUUCUGCCACCCGCGGUGAAAAAAGAAGUGGCAAGAAAUACCUGCAGUGCGGUGCUGUCGCCCACCUGCAAGGCCACGCCUCCUCGCCUGCUCGUCCCGCCCGCACUGCCCCCGCCCCCACCCCAUCUAUCCCGCCCCCUCGGCUCAGAUGCGACCAAUGGGAGACGAGGCCUGAGGUGCAUGGAGAUGCAGGAGUUGGGAAGCGCAACAGGUGCAGUGACGGGACAGCGAGACUCGCCCGACCGCUCUUCGCUUGACGGCGCGGGGGUCUACCUGGCCGCCUCCACACACGACACCAACGGCGCGAUAACCGGUGGAAGUUACAGCCCAGUGGCGUCCCUGCAGUACUCGCCCCAGCUCUACCCCUCCAAGUCGUACCCCCACAUCCUGUCGGCCCCACCGGCCCAGGCCAUGGCGGCGUACCCAGGUGCGGCGCAGUAUUCGGCGGGCAUGCAGCAAGCGGGCGCCUACGCUAGCUACGCGCAGCCCGCGCACUAUGGCGUCUCCGACUACGGAGCCCUGCGAUACGGCAUCAAGACGGAGAGCGGCCUGAGUCAGGCACAGUCGCCCGUGCAGACGGGGCACCUCUCCUCGUACGGCUCCAGCUUCGGCACCUCGCAAACGGCACAGUCUGCGUACCCCUACCAGAUGCAAGGUGAGGGCCUCGGCGGUGGCUUCUCGUCGGCCGCGGGAAUCUACGCCAGCUCCAACUCGGGGGGCAGCUCGUCAGGCUUCACCAGCGCCUCGCAGCAGGACUUCUCGGCGUACGCCAGCUUCAACCAGGGCCAGUACGCGGCGUACUACCCGGCGACGGCGGCGUACGGCUCGUACGUGACGGCGGCCAGCGUGUCGGGCUGCUCGUCGCCAACCGCCUCCAGCACCACCUACCAGCUGCAAGAGCCGCCACCGCCACCUCUGCCCGCCACGCAAGCAGGGGACUUUGGCGUGGGCACCUGCCCAAGCACGCCCGUCAAGGAGCUGGAUGAGCGGGCGCGGCGCGGCUCCGAGACCAAGUCCCGCAGCCGGAACCGCAAGAGCAACCCCUCCCCCCCGCCGGGGAACGACCUGGAGCGAGUGUUCGUCUGGGACUUGGACGAGACCAUCAUCGUGUUCCACUCCCUGCUCACCGGCUCCUUUGCCACUCGCUAUGGAAAGGACCCUCCGACGUCCGUCUCCCUUGGGCUCAGGAUGGAGGAGAUGAUCUUCAACCUGGCCGACACACACUUGUUCUUCAACGACCUUGAGGAAUGUGAUCAAGUCCACAUCGACGACGUUUCCUCAGAUGAUAACGGACAAGACUUGAGCACGUACGACUUUGGCACGGACGGGUUCCACGCGGCGGCAGCGUCGAGCACGAACCUGUGCCUGCCCACGGGCGUGCGUGGCGGCGUGGACUGGAUGCGCAAGCUCGCCUUCCGCUACCGGCGCGUCAAGGAGAUGUACACCAGCUACAAGAACAACGUGGGAGGCCUCCUGGGCCCCGCCAAGAGGGAGGCGUGGCUCCAGCUCCGGGCGGAGAUCGAGGCCCUCACGGACUCGUGGCUCACCCUGGCUCUCAAGUCGCUCUCCUUGAUAUACUCGCGGGGGAACUGCGUGAACGUGCUGGUGACGACCACGCAGCUCGUUCCGGCGUUGGCCAAGGUGCUGCUCUACGGCCUUGGCGGCGUCUUCCCCAUCGAGAACAUCUACAGCGCCACCAAGAUCGGCAAGGAGAACUGUUUUGAGCAGAUCUUGGCGCGCUUCGGCCGCAAGGUCACGUACGUCGUGGUCGGGGACGGGCGCGACGAGGAGCAGGCCGCCACGCAGCACAACAUGCCCUUCUGGAGGAUCUCGGGCCACUCGGACCUGAUGGCCCUGCACCACGCACUGGAGCUCGAGUACCUCUAAGGCCGCCCGCCCGGCGGCCCACGCGGGCGGCCGCCGCCCCGGCCGGGCCGCGUGGACGACCGCGCGCCAGAGCCGCUCCGUCCCUCGGCGACCCCCGGCCUUCCUCGAAACCGCCCAACCCCGGCGCGAACCACGGCUCCGGACUCGACACGAACGCCGCGGCGGUCGGUCCCUCCGCCGCGCGCCCCUCCGUGCGGCGGCGGCAGCCAGAGGCACCGGCGCGGCGUGGCGGAGCGCGCAAGCUUGCGGCAACGGAGCGGACAACCUGGACGACAAUGGUUUUUGCUCGACUGUUUGGUGUUAGCUGUGCAGCACGUGGGCCGUUGGAUUUGGAGCGUUGCACUUUGUUGAUUUCUUCCAUUUUCCGCAGACCGAAAGCAGUCGAAAACGCUUACACCUCCAGAGUGUUGCUUGGAACGUUUUUUGCCGAUCACCGCACCCCGUGUUUUAAUUUAUUUUACCGACGCUUUCCUCGAUGCUCAACUCAAUGGACCUGCGACGAUGGCGGCAUCGUUGUGAGCGAAGUGCCGCCCGUGUUGGAGUGACAUCUCUAUCGGAUUGGAGUGACAUCUCUCAUCGGAUUGGAGUGGCAUCCUUACUGGACUGGAGUGAAAUCUCUUAUCGGAAUGGAGGGACAUCUCUUAUCGGAUUGGAGUGACAUCUCUACCGGACUGGAGUGACAUCUCUACCGGACUGGAGUAAUAUUUCUACCGGACUGGAGUGACAUCUCUACCGGACUGGAGUGACAUCUAUCCCGGACUGGAGUAAUAUUUCUACCGGACUGGAGUGACAUCUCUACCAGACUGGAGUGACAUCUAUCCCGGACCGGAGUGACAUCUCUGCCAGACUGGAGUGACAUCUCUGCCAGACUGGAGUGACAUCUAUCCCGGACUGGAGUAAUAUUUCUACCGGACUGGAAUGACAUCUCUACCAGACGGGAGCAAGAGAUUCCGAGUUGCAUUGACAAUCACAUGAAACAUUAUAUCGAGUGGAAGAAAAAUGAUUACCGUAAUUAGGAUUGAAAUAAAAAAAGUGUCCCUAUACGAUCCACUUUAUGAUUACUUGUAAUGACGUAAGGAGACGCAUAAACAUUGCAUGGUGUUUAAUCGACACACUCAAAACGGACAUUGUAUGGCACGCCUGAAACAGUGUUGCACUGUGCCUUACAGUAAUGUGUAUACUUUGUUACAUAGUGUUCCUGCUUAAACAAUACAUGGUGAUGCAAUGUUAAGAUUGUUACGAAGUGCGUGUUGUUUGACAAAUUUCAGCGUUUCUUUAAACAAAAAAAAAUCGUAAUUUUUCCGAAUCAUCUCCGCGAAAUCUAGGAAAGGUCACGUCUGAAAAUUAGCAAGUAACGGGACUUAAAUCGUUACAACAUUUUGAUUUGUCAGUUGUGUUGAUUUAGUGUAUAUUUACUGAGUGUUAGUGUUACUGUAGCAUUCAAGUAUAUAAACUCUCCCCGUCCUUUCCUAAAAAAAUGCUUUCCAAAUACUGUAAGAAUAGAUUGCGCACAAAUGAAUUAUUGGUGCGGUCUUUGUGGAGUCUUAAAUUGCGUGGAAGCUCCAGAGAUGCUUCGUUGGGCUAUACCGAAGGGCAGUGGAUUUGAACGUGCAAGAGGGAUGCCGCCGCGUGAUGGACAGUUGUUGCAGUGUAGCCCAAGUCCCCCUGAACGUUGGCACGACUCCAGGUCGCGUUGACGAUGUCAGGGACCACGAGGGUUGUUUGCUGUAUAUUAUUGCUACCGUCUUAAAGCUAAUCAACAGGUUGCCCCCCCCCCCCCCUUUCUCAGUGCCUCUGUUUCAUUGAGUAACGAGCCACACACAGACAGACACAGACAGACACCACGCGCGCGUCUACAGUAGUUUACAAGCAGCUAUCGCCGCGGAGUGAGAGCGGGGAAGCCCAGUCUAGAAACAACAACCACCCACACGACAUGUGGUCAGUUGUGUUUUGAAUGAACGGAUGUGAUGCCACCUGGUGGUAAAUCAAUCAACAUGCCCUUGCAUCGCUUUCUUUUAACUUUUAUUUAUUAGACAAUCAUUUCUUGCAAAGAGUAAUAAACCCAACGUCAGAUUCUGA